AUGUUUUCAGCCCAAAUUGACGUGUCUUUUAGCGUCUUUCUGAUAAUAUCUCCAUCUAAAACAGUGACUGAAGAAAAGAACGGUGAUAGGGUGACAUUACGCUGCUCUGUGCUGACGUACAAACAUCUCAAAACUGAAGUGGAAUGGCUGUUUAAGGGUGAAGAUGUGGAUGAACACCACCAAACUGUGGGUACAUCACAGCAUCUCUGCUACGCUGAUGUGACAUUUCAGCCUGACCAUCUCAUGUACAGAUCCAGAUAUGAGUCACUGCAGUGUGAAGUGACUGUAGGUGACAAAGAGGAGCUGUUUCCUUUCAGACUUCAGUCCUCAGGUGAGAAACCUGCAUCUAUUGGAAGUCACUUUUACUGACAUGGCUGAAAAUCUAAAAUUCAUUUCACUUUACUCCAAGCGACUGAAGCAAGCGUGACACUAGAAACCCCGACAACAACAGCGACGGUGUCUGCAAAUGACAGCUCCUCAAAUCUAAUAGGUACAACCUCCACAGUCUUCCUUUUUCCUCUUUUAUUGAAGUAGAUUUUUCCCUCCUUGUGUUGCGAUAAUUUCAUGAUCUUCCCAGAUUGGCUGUGGUUGUACGUCACUCUGGCUGUGCUGGUUUUAAUGACACUCUUGAUUGUGGCUGUGAUCGUCAUCAGAUGGAAGAAAACUAAAGGUGAGAAACCUUUGUUGUGAAGACAUUUUGAUAUGCUGUACAGAUUUUUGUCAUAAAGCUGAAAAUCUGUCUCUUUUGUUCUCCUACCAGGGACCAAAACACAGAAGGAUGGCGAUGUUGUGAGUUUAAGAACCACCUUCUUAUACUAAUUCUGUUCGAUAGCUGAGGAGAGAUGAAUUAUUCUAAGUGGCCACACUACCAGGGUUAGAGUUAAUGAUGGAAUAUACUUGUUUCUGUGGUUACAGAUUUUCUUAUCUCAUCUGUGCUUCUAAUUCUCCAAACUCAAAACUGUAAUAUCAUCACAAUUUCUGAGUUUUGAAAAAUCCAUUUCCUGUAGGAUACGUGCAAAAAGAUAAAUAAGUUCCUCAAACCAGAACCGUUUCUUGAACCAAGCUGUAAAUGUUUUAUGUCAAGAUUUAGAAUGGGUGUGUAUGUGGCUUCUGGAACCUUCGAGGCAGGCUUCUAGUGGACACUCCAGGAACUGCAGUUUGUCGCUCUUCUGCAUGUUUCUCAGGACUGAAGGUUGUCUCAUGGUUGUUUUUAAACACAUGUUAAGAAUAACUGAAUUAAUGGAACGAUCAGAGGUGUGGCCAGAGGGGGGGCAUGGGCCCCCAUUAAAUUUUGACCACCACCCAAAAAAACCUCUUAAACUAUAAUUCAAAGCAGCUUUUAGACUGUAGGGCUUUAAUGAUGCUCCAAUGUAGAUCAAUUUUUUUCUGGUGCUGCUCUAGGCUCCAGAAAAACAUCUCCUGUUAGAAUAGGGUGACCAUAUCUCCUCUUUUACCCGGACUUGUCCUCUUUUUGGGGGGGUGUCUUUGGGUUCAAAUCCAGGUCAGGGCGUUUCUAUGUGGAGUUUGCAUGUUCUCCCUGUGUCUGUGUGGGUUUACUCCUCCUUCCUCCCACCUCCCAAAAACAUGCAACAGUGGGGUUAGGUUAAUUGGCCACUUUCAAAUUGCCCAUAGGUGUGAAUGUGAACGUGGAUGGUUGUUCGUCUCUAUAUGUCAGCCCUGCGAUUAACUGGCAACUUGUCUAGGGUGCCCCCUGAUGAUGAGAUGCUGGGAUAAGCUCCAGCCCCCCUGCGACCCCGGGAAUGGGAAUAAGUGGUAGAAAAUGGAUGGAUGGAUGGAUGGAUGGAUGUCUGGGCUGUCCAGGUUUAUCUGGCUUUGUCCGGGGAAGUAUAUAAAAUCCUUCAAAUGUCUGCGGUUUUGUACUUCAGUGUCGAGUUUGUGUCACAUGGACUUACUGAGUUAGAAGUGCAUAAAAGACAUUCAACCUGUCCUGAAAAACUCUCAAAAUUUACUUUGUUUGACUCCGUGACUCCGCCUGACUCUGGUCACCACGUUGUAAAAUGUAGGAUAGACAAAGAAGUAGUACUGGCUGCUAGCGAGCAAAGAAUCCAAACCCCAUUUUAAAGCUUGCUCCUUUUCAGAUAACUAACCAAUUAAAUAUUCAUACUAUACAACAGGUCUUUGAAUUGUUUUCAUUUAGCUGUAUCUUUUUUAUUGAAAAUUAACCACACAGAUCAACUCUUGUAUUUUUAAAGACUGAGCAAGUUACUGGCUCCUCAGGUGUGCUUUAUCAAAAUGUGAAACCUAUAAAUGAUCGUCAGCGCCACAUGUAAGGAUGUCAUCAUUUCCUGAAUAACAUGGUGAGAAGCAGGGUGUGUUCAGCCCUCAGAGACUGUGAGAGAUAAAAAUAAACGUCGGAUGAAGCAACUUAAAAAAAAACAGAAAUGUAUCACACAGUAAAUGCAGGUGUCUCAAAACAAGCAACAAACAUUGAAAGAAGCCCUAUAACUGACUCUAACUCAGCAGAAACAGAGUUAAAAAAUACAGACUUUGAUAAGAAGUUUAAUCCAGUUUGAAUGUCUCAGAGAAACCCCUUUGUUGUCUUCUCUGUGUAGGCCAAUGAUCCUAAAGAUGAUGUCGCCUACGCCUCCAUCGGCUUCACCAAGAAGAGCAGCAGUCAGGCUCGGGUAAAAGCUUCCUGAUUGGUUAAAAUGAAUAUGGAUGUGAAUGAAAAACAAAAAUGAGAGUCUCUAAAGCUUGUAUUAACAAGUUGAGACUAUAAAAGGUGUGGAUUUUGCUAGAGGUCCCUGCUAGGGGCUGAUACUAAUGCAUCAUGUCUCCUCGUGUAAUUAAGCUGUGAUUGGCUAGUUAGCUAAAACCUCAUACCACCACAUGCUGUAACUCCCUCUUUGUAAUUUUGUGUUUUUACUCCAGGUUCUUGGCAAAGUUGAUGGUGAUGAAGACGAUAGUUCUGUGACCUGUGUCACUGUGAAAGCCUCCACUUCUUCUUCUGCUGCUGCUGUUUGA